AGUGUCAGACACAACAUACCAGCUGGAGAACAGCAAGACGUGAAACAUUUUUUGGACAACUGCAUAAAAAUGACAGGGAUCGUUCCGAUCAUUGUCCUCACCUUUAAAACCUCAGCAGAUUACAUGGAGAUUGAGAAACAAUGUAGACUCAUGGGGGCGGAGACAGUGAUCGCCAUUGAGAAUUAUACACGGGACAGCUACAUAAAAACUCUGGAAAAACCACCGACAUCCUGAUGGUGAUACACAGAGCAUUGGAGAAUGUCAAAUUCCGCCUGGAACAGCCAAGAAACCCGAGAAAAGAGCGGAUAGAUAGGAAGAAAUGUAUGCUCCGCUACAUCAAUGAGAUCAGCCGUCAUCAGGAGAGA